UUCUUUCUUGAGGAAAGGCCUCCAUGGCUCCAUUGUUUUUGGGUGCUGUUUCUUGGUGAGAUCUUCGGGUUCGGAAUCCAUCUUGAGGUCUAGCGCUCGCUGGAACCGCUUCUUUUUUCUUGGUGAUUCUCUUGGAGGCGCCCGCCGCAGAACGGAAGUGCUCUGCUCGAGGAUGACCACUGUAUGUGAAGUUUGUGGAGUUAUUGGUUGUAGAAAUCUUUUGCUAUCUUGCAAAAACUGCAAUGGAGCUGCUGUGCACCGAUAUUGUCUUGAAAAAGCUGAUUUUGAUGGAAUGGUGGUAGAUUGGUCAUGUGAUGAAUGUCAUCCAGCAUGUAGCAAAGUUCCUGAUGCAAGAUCUUUAGAAGUGUCUCAAGAUGAUAAAACAGUGGUUGGCAGGCUGUCAGAAAUAAACGAGGCUGCAUCAUCACUGGAUACCAACCACGACGAGCCUAGGGCACAUGGUGGUAGUGGUGAAUUGACAUUGGAGAGAAAUAAGGAAAUACUUCAGUUCCACGUUAAUGCAAACAAUGAUUUCCGGCAGAGAAGUAUGUCUGCUAAUGUGGCUCAGCCUUCCCCUCCGCAUGAGGAAUCUCUGGCCCAAACCAUAUCGGCCUCAGCAAAUACAGAUGUACUACCGAAGGAUAGCAAUUGUGCACCAUCUACUCACACUCAGAUUGGAAAUAUAGGAGGCAGUAGUGUGGGAUUAGUAUUAACAGGGGGAAAAGAAAAUCGCAGUGAACCAUCAACGCAGCUGGAUGAGGCUUAUUCAGGUUCCUUAUCAAAAGACUCUUCUGGAGAGAAAAUUGUUCAUCAGGCCAGUUCUUCCCAGGUGGAACUUCCUGAUGCUGCCAAAAACUUCUGCAAGGACAACCCCAGGAAAAGAAGAAAACUCAUUUUGGUAGAUGAUGAUGAUGAUGAUGAUGAUGUAGAGGUAGAACUGUCUAAUACUGUCCAAAAUGUUAAGGACAACCGAAGGAAGCGACGAAAACUCAUUUUACCAGAUGAUGAUGAUGAUGAUGUAGAGGUGGAACUUUCCAAUACUGUUCAAAAUAUUGUUAUGGACAACCCAAGGAAGCCGAGACAGCUUAUUCUACUAGAUGAUGAUGUACAAGAGGAUGCUAAAAAUAUGAAUCCAUUAUCUCUUCAGUGUGAAGGACCAAUCAAGAAGCAUAUUAUAGACAGUGUAUAUGCCAAAGAGUCUGUACAGGCUGAAAGUGAAAGUUUGAACGGUCAAAGUCUCAAGAAUGAUAAACCCCUAAAAGAGCAGAGAUGUUUAGAAGAUGAUGAACAUGAUGUACUGCUUGAUAGUUUGGCUCCCCAAACUUUGGAGAAUAGUUGUCCCACAAAGAAAUGGAGAAGAUACAUAUGUACAAGUGAAUAUGAAGAAGAGGAGGCUAUUAAAGGUUCUAUGAUCGCUGACUGUGCUCUGAAUGAUGUAGAAAAUAUGGCUUCACAACCUGUAGAUGCCAAGGACCAUCUGCAGUCCAGAAUGACACUUGCUUCAGAUUUCACCAAACAUCAAUAUUAUAUUUACUCGCAGCCUGUUGGUGAGCCUGUUUGGAGUGGUAUCUUUAUGACAGAUAGCAAUGUGUCUGUAAUGUUGGCGGCGCACCUAUCAACUAAAGCAUGUCCAAGAGUGUUUGAAUUUGCAAGAUCAUUGCAACAAGUGAUUGAAGUAAUCAAGCUCCCUCGGUUGAAAGCAUGGCCAAAGAGCUGGGGCACAUCAGGACCUACUGAUGACAGCAUUGGGUUGUUUUUCUUCCCACGUAGUAUGAGGCCAAAUGAAGAGUUAGAUAGACUGCUGAAAGAAGUAAUUGAGAGUGAUCUCGUUUUAAAAGCUGUUCUUGGAACUGUGGAGCUACUAGUCUUUCCCUCUAUUCUUCUACCGGAACAAUAUCAUGAGUUCCAGAGGAAAUACUACCUGUGGGGAGUGUGCAGGGCCAGGAAAGAUGAUCCUGACACAGCUGUUCUAGUUGAAGAACAAGGUGGCUUGGCCUCUAUGUCAGAGGGAGGUGAGGUACAAGAACAUCAUAUCUUGGACCACCAAUAUGAAGCACAAUGCGAGUCGCCAAAGGAAGAAUGUUUUGCUGUGAAGCGUGUUGAGGAUCAACUGGCAGCAGACCGUAACCACGAGGCACAGAAGGGGGACACCAAAACUGCCUUGAGAGAAAACUCUGUCUCACCUGAUAGCUGUUUGUCAUCUAAUAACCCGAGCCCCCCGAAAGCUGGAUCACACUACUUUAUGCAACCAAGAGGUGGCAAUAAACCUAGUGAGCCUGAUGUAGCAGACCAGCAAGAGGAGCAAGACUUCACCUCUUUGCCUAGAUGGAAUAAUGAUCGAAAUGCUACCAAUCCACCAAGUGACCCUCCUGCGAACAGACUGUUUGGAUUUGUCACAGCACAGUCUGCAAGAUGCCAUCAACUCAUCCAGGAGAUGAUCAAAGAAGGUGCUCUCUUAUUCUCAGUGCCAGAAGAGAUGACGAGUGCUGGAUCUGGAUCUACCACAGGCAAGAGCAAUGGAGUAGGAGCAGCCCAGGCCCCUGACAGUGGCUGUCAACAUAUCCAGGAGCUUCAUAAACCCAUUGAAUUCGUUCCGAUUGAUCAAGACGACGCCGACACCGACGCAGCUUCUGAGGCCUGCCUUGAGCUGUUCCCGGUUCGGCAGGAACAGAUUGGAUCGACUCCUGGGGUAGAUGUUCAAGUAGUUGAGCUGGAUUUGAGUCUUGGCGCGUCCCGGAGACCACCUUCAGCACUUUCAAGAUGAAGGCUGAAGGUCCCGGAGACCAUUCUGUGGCUCUGGUGUGUUUUUGCUGAAGCUCUUGGCUGAGCAUCAAUAAUUUUGUCUGUGAAUGAAUCAAUCUGUACUGUUUAGGAAACUGACAGUUUUCUCUCUAGUUGUCGCCUGUAUAUGUUUCUGACUGGAUUUCCACUAAGGGCCUGCUUGGGAGCAUUGUAUAUCUUUACCCUUUAAACACAUUGCCCUUGUAAUUUUUAGGCCACCAAGAAUACCCUUGAAAAUAUUUUCCGGUUGUAUAAUAAUACAAGGGGGAGAAACAUGUUGUUUGGGUAAAUGACUGGAAUUUCUUUCUUCCCCCCAAGCAAGGAGUGACGUUGCUGUACUCAUUGAAGCAUAUUAGAGGGCAACAUUAU